AUGGAUGGACAUCAAAACCCUGCAACUGACAGCACAGGUGCCGGUGAAGGCCCUGCCUCGAAAAAACCCUGUCUUAUCGAGACACCUAUCGCAGGGUCCCAAGACAUGGGCGCAACCAGUCUGAAUGCUGGAGACAGCACAGCUGAGAAGCCAAGCUAUAUCCCCGGAUUGAACCUUAUUCAACACUCCUCCGACAAACAAACCGGUUCGGCUUUGACCGAACACACAAUCAAGCAAGAGCAAGAGCAAGAUCAACCAGUAAACCACCAAGAAGCCGAGACGGAAAGCAAGCAAGCGGAAAUCCAGCACAUAUCCCAGCACGAGCCCACCGAAAUACUGAUAAAGAAGGAGACAGAGGCGAAACAUAUCACAAAUGAGCCCACUGCUCCUCUCAGCGAAGCUAUGGAUGUCGCGCAAGAUAACCACCAAGACAAUAUGAUCGAAGCCACUGGCCAGGCGGGCGAUGCCGAAGAAGAGGAGCAUCCUGAGUGGGAGGUUGACUCUUCCCCGUACGAGUCAUCUUCAGACAGCUCCGAUUCCUCGGACUCUGACGAUAGCGACGAUGAAGACUACCCAAUCCUCAGUGCCGAGGAGCAAGCGCAGAUCCUCAUGCGGGCGGAAGGUGGCUCUGAUGACGAGGGAGAUGGCAAGGGGAAAUCAGGCGGACAACUGCGGACCACGAACGAGAUCGAACACGAGGUCCUGCCUGUCCCUGACGUCAAGAUCACCCCCGAGAUGAAGAUUGUGUUCCUCGGCAAAGUUCAUGCCGCUAUCGAUAACAAUGUUCUUAUCGAGGCUAAUACCUCUGGAGAAUAUCAGGUGCUUGAGUCGGGCUCCUUGCUCUGCUCUGCUGAUCGCCAGAUUAUUGGUGUAGUAGCAGAAACCCUGGGCAGAGUGGAGAAUCCUCUGUAUACUGUCACAUACGCCACAGCCUCCGAAGUUCAAGAAAAGGGCUUAGUCAAGGGCAAGGAUAUCUUCUAUGUUGAGGGACACUCCACCUUUGUGUUCACUCAGCCGCUCAAGGGCAUGAAGGGAAGUGACGCUUCUAACUUCCACGACGAGGAAGUUGCCGCCGAAGAGAUGGAAUUCUCCGAUGAUGAAGCAGAAGCCGAGUACAAGCGGAAACUGAAGCAGAGGCGACUUGAUCGAAAGGAAGCCAGAGAAGGCCCCAAAGGCAAGAAGCCAGCCCCAGGACCUUCCAAAUUGAACCAGACCGAGCUCAACUACGACGAUGCCGGCGGCGAGGAGGGAUACACCCCUCUUGCACGCCCUACCAACUUCCACGAGAUGAUGAGAACUCGCGAGCCACCAGUUGAAGGCAACGAGCGUGGUGGGUUCCGUGGAAGGGGUCGUGGCCGAGGUGACCGUGGCCGGGGUGACCGUGCACGUGGAGGACGAGGCAGAGGUGGACGCGGAGGGAGGGAGUGGGACCAGGAUCGCCGGCCCCAGCAGGCCAGCGGCCCAACCCACGAGUCCCAGCCUCAAGCGCAGCCCGCUGCUCCCUACAGCCAGCCAAUGUACCAGCAACCCCAGCAGCCAUACGGGAUGCCCCAGCCCUUCGCCGCGUAUGCGCAAUACACACAGCAAGCCCAGAACCCGCAACAGCCGCAAUUCGGCCAAGGUGGAGCGCAGCCACAGAUGCCUUUCCAGUUCUCCCCAUAUCCGGCCUUCCAACAACCGCAACCCAAUAAUUUCCAGAACAUGCAGCAGGGUGCUCAAUUCAAUCCUCAAUCCCUGGCUCUCUUGCAACAACAACAACAGCAACAAUUCCUGCAGCUUCUGCAGCACCAGCAGCAUUACCAACAGCCUCAACAACAGCCCCAGCAGCAUCAGCCUCCCCAGGCCCAAACUCCAGCUAUGAACUUUGACCAAGUUAAAGCUCAGCUGGAUCUGCUACGCAACCUGAGCGGCGGAAACCAGGGUCCUCCUCCUUCCUGA